CUAGAGCUUUCGGUGCAGUUAUCAUUCCGAGUCAUUGAAGGUUGUUGGGUAGCAUACAGCAAAAGAAAAAAACAAACGAGUGGUUCAAGAUGGCCAAUAUGGAUGUGAAUGAAUUUCGGGAAUUUGGAAAAGCGGCCAUCGAUUUUAUUGCAGACUACUUCGAGACGAUCCGGGAAAGAGACGUCCUACCAUCGGUGGAACCGGGCUACCUGCACGAUCUGCUCCCAUCGGAUAUGCCGGAACGGGGCGAAGACUGGAAGGCCUCAAUGGAGAAGUUCCAAAAAUUUAUCCUCCCUGGCAUCACACACUGGCAAUCGCCAAACUUCCAUGCGUUCUACCCGUCCCGCACUUCCUACACAUCGAUGGUUGGCGAAACACUUGCCGCCGGACUGAGCGUCAUUGGGAUAAGUUGGACCAGCAGUCCGGCUUGCACCGAAUUGGAGGUGAUAGUGAUGAACUGGGUUGGUCAACUGUUGAAUCUUCCGAAGUGCUUUCUAAGUUCUGACGAUGGACCUGGCGGCGGAAUCAUCCAGGGUUCGGCGAGUGAGUCAAUCUUCAUUGCUGUGAUAGUAGCACGGGAACAGGCGGUUCGGAGACUGGUGCCUUUGCACCCGGAACUAACUGAGGCCGAAAUCCGAGGACGCCUGGUAUGCUACACAAGUGACCAGAGCAAUAGCUGUGUAGAAAAAUCUGGCAUAAUGGGGGCAAUCAAGAUGCGAUUGUUGGCCUCGGACGAGAACGGAGUUCUACGCGGGAAAACUCUGAAAGAAGCUGUUGAACAAGAUAAGUCGGAAGGAUUAUUUCCGGUUAUAUUAGUAGCUACGUUGGGCACAACUGGUACCUGUGCAUUCGAUAAUCUGGAGGAAAUUGGACCAAUCUGUUCCGAGAAUGAUAUCUGGUUACAUGUUGAUGCAGCAUAUGCCGGUUCUGCUUUUGCUCUGGAGGAAUACGCUUGGACCAUGAAGGGACUCGAGGCUGCUGAUUCGCUCAAUUUCAAUCUUCAUAAAUGGUUUUUCAUCAAUUUCGACAGCUGUGGCAUGUGGUUCAAGGAUUCGGAUAAACUGACUGAGGUUUUGUGCGUAGAUCGCAUCUACCUGCAGCAUAAAUAUCAGGGUCAAAGUAAGGCACCCGAUUUCCGCCACUGGCAGAUUCCACUGGGAAGACGAUUCCGAGCGUUGAAGAUUUGGCUUACGCUCAAUAUGAUGGGGGCAGAGAAGAUCCGUUCGAUCCUACGUUUUCACAUAAGUUUGGCAAAUAAGUUCGAGGACCUCGUGCGAGCUGAUGAAAGAUUUGAAGUUAUGUCCUCCAUGUUAGGAUUAGUUUGUUUCCGUUUCAAGGGUGAAGAUGCGUUGUCAAAGCAACUUCUGACAAAUAUAACGAAGCGCAAGAAGAUCUACAUGAUUCCGGCAACUUAUCGAGGCAAAUAUGUCAUACGUUUCACGAUUGCCGGUAUGGAUCCUCAAGCAGAAGAUGUGGAUUUCGCAUGGGCGGAGAUCAGAUCCCAGGCCAAUUUGUUGGUACCGAGGUUGAGCAAUGAUCAUUCAGUUAAAGAUCAGUCGGUCAAAGACCUCUCAGUAAAAGAUCUCUCAAUCAAUGGUCAUUCAGUCCAUGGUCAGGCAAUAAAUGGGCAUUCAAUGAAUGGGAACGUAACUAAUAGCCAUUCAAUCAAUGGUCACUCAGAAAAUGGGGAUUCAAUCAAUGGCCACAUCAGUUCAUAAGAGAUUUAUCAAUAAAUUUUUGUUAUUUUGUGAUUUUUAACAUGAAUAAAUAAAUUUUGUAUAAAAGUGUA